AUGGUCAGAAUCGGGUUUCAUAGUGGGCCUGUCGCUGCGGGUGUUGUAGGUUUGGCAGCUCCACGCUAUUGCCUUUUUGGUGAUACUGUAAAUUUUGCUUCGCGAAUGGAAUCAAGUGGAGUUGCCAACAAAAUUCAGGUAAACUAA